AUAACACCACUUUAACAAACACAAGUAUAAAUUAACAAAGCUUAAAGUGCAAGAUAUUAAUAGUAUCAAUUAAAAUUCUAAGCUUAAGUAAAAAAAAAUACAAUGCCAAUUUCAAGAAUUGCAAUUGGAAGUCCUUCUGAGUUUGGCAAAGCUGAUGCACUCAAAGCAGCAUUAGCUGAAUUCAUUUCAAUGCUCAUAUUUGUGUUUGCAGGAGAAGGCUCUGGCAUGGCUUAUAAUAAGCUUACGGACAAUGGUGCAGCAACACCAGCUGGGUUGGUGGCUGCAUCACUAUCACAUGCUUUUGCUCUUUUUGUUGCUGUUUCCGUUGGUGCUAACAUCUCUGGUGGACAUGUUAACCCUGCUGUUACUUUUGGUGCAUUUGUUGGUGGACAUAUUACUCUUGUUAGAGGUGUUUUGUAUUGGAUUGCGCAAUUGCUUGGUUCUGUUGUUGCUUGCUUGCUCCUUAAAAUUGCCACUGGUGGAUUGGAAACAUCUGCAUUCUCAUUAUCUUCCGGAGUAGGAGCAACAAACGCACUUGUGUUUGAGAUUGUGAUGACAUUUGGUUUGGUUUACACAGUGUAUGCAACUGCAAUAGAUCCAAAGAAUGGUAGUCUUGGAACAAUUGCUCCAAUUGCAAUUGGUUUCAUUGUGGGGGCCAACAUUUUGGCAGGUGGGGCUUUUGAUGGUGCUUCUAUGAACCCAGCAGUUUCUUUUGGGCCUGCUGUUGUUAGCUGGACUUGGGCUAAUCAUUGGGUCUAUUGGGUUGGGCCAUUGAUUGGUUCUGCUAUUGCUGCUGUUGUUUAUGAGAUUUUCUUCAUUACCCCUGGCUCUUAUGAACAGUUACCUGUUGCAGAUUAUUAAGUCCUAGAGUCAUAGGUUGUUUGUUGUUUUGUAUUUUCUUGUUUUCACAUGUUUUAAUUUUCUGUUAUUUUUGUCAUGUUCUGUAAGAUUAUUUUCCUAAGUAAUGAUGAUGAUGUUUUAUAAUCUUUAAACAUGUAUUUGUCUCCGACUCCGUGAAUAUUUGCUUAUAAUUAUGUUGUAAGGGAGAUGAUACAUAUUGUGAGUAUUAUAUCAACCCAACUUUUCGAAAA